AUGGUCAGCCUGACGAACUUGGUGUUGCGCCCUGCCGCAAUUGCGACUGAACACGACACGGAUAUGGACAGCGAGUGGAUGAAAACGCCUAGCGAGGACGCCUUCGACGACGGAAAUGAAGUUCAGGUCGAUCCAUAUGGAGAUCUCAUCCUACGAGUAGGGUCCAAUCCAAGAUUCUGGGACACGGAGAGCCCCUCAUUCCGUGUUUGCUCCAACACAUUAAAGAGAGCAUCGACUUUCUGGAGACGAACGCUAGCCGAAACCGCCGCGGAGACCAACCUGGCGGACGAUGAUUGGUACUGGACUCCCUCGCUCUUUGCCUGCCCGUAUGAGAAAUCAGAUGGGUUGGCAAUCCUCCUCAAUAUUAUCCACUCCAAGUUUCACUUGGUGCCGAAAAAACCAUCGCUUUCAGAGAUCUACAGCUCCUUGUGUCUGGUCAGCAUGUAUGAAAUGGAACAAGUUCUGCAUCCAUGGAUCGGGCACUGGUACGAAGUCAUUGAAAGCGUGGAAGCUGCAAGAGACGGGCACAGUCUUGCGAUGCUGACGUGCAUUGCUUGGGGCCUUGGGGAUGAGAGGCUUUACGUGAGAACGGUCACCGAUCUCGCCAUGACUUGCGUGGUGGAUGAGAAGGGACACAUCACAACUGCCGACGGGAUCUGCCUAGACGAAUACCUAUACGAUGCGCUUGGAUCGCCUAUAAUUGCUGGAAUAUCCGACAUUCCAAUAACCAAGAAUAAGAAGUGCGACUACGUUGUCCUAGGGAGCCUCUUCGCAGGCAUGAUAUAUGUCCGCGGGUCUAAAGCAACGGAGUUGGAGAUUAGGUCAGACGAGAGCAUCACAGACUUGUUGAAGUCGGUCAAGCGGGUUCUUUCAUACGUUUCUUGCUACGAAAAGCAUACCUCGUGCAACCCCGCCGAGCGAAUAUCGGAGGCCAUGAGGGAGACAGUCGACGACUUAGACACUUCACUGAGCAUGGGUAUCAUCCAGCGAAUGCGAGAACAGCGACGAAAGGCCGGACUAGAAGCCACAACAACUGGAGAGACGGAGGGAUAG